AUGGUUAACUCAAGUCUUGCUUAUGAAAUACUUUUGUACAUUAAUUCAUUUUAUUUUGGUCUUUUCGCCACGUGUGAAUUGGGUACGCUUAUCCUAAAAUCUAUACUUAUCGGCAAUAAGCACAAUAGCGAUAGUUAUUGGACAACAGUCGGACAAGACUAUGGAGUAUUAACGGGGCUAUUUAUAGUAGAAGGAGCUAGACUUUUCCUGGGACGUAAAGGAAGCCUUAGUGAAAGAGAUAUACCGGUUAUGUUUUCGGUAAUUUUGACGGUGCCUUCAAUCGCUGGCGUCCUUUACCUAUUAAUAUGGCAAGUAGUGGUUCUACGAAUUGAGUAUAUCUGGUGUACUUUGAUGCUUACUAUACAAGUAUUAGAGUUUAUAUUUGCAUCCAUGUUUAUAGCGACUAUGUGUCGUGGUCAAUCAUAUGACUGA